AUGUCCUCCAGUCCUGAACGCCACGAGCUGCCCCAACCACCCGUCGACGCGUCUAUCAUCGUUGAGAAGACCCCCGUCGGUUACCUCCCGUCGCCAUCGUCAUCGUCUACUCCGUCAUUUGCAUCGGUCGAGGACACCUCUACCACUUCCUCGAGCACGCCCUCAACAUGCUCAAGCUCCCCGUCGUUGUCGCCCACGUCGGCUACCGAUCUACCUGCACCAAGCUUUGACACUGCUUCCACCAAGACCACCCACGAGGAUUCGUUGUCUUCUGCUGAAAGGACUUCCCUUUCGACCACACGAUUACUCUUCGCUCACAUAGGGGCCGCGAUGACUCUAUUCCUAGCGACCACAGACGCCACUAUCGUGUCCACCGCCUUGCCCACGAUUGCAAGCGACCUUGGUGCUUCACAGUUCCAGUACACAUGGGUUGGCGUUGCGUACAUGCUUACGCAAACGGCGUUUCAACCGUUGUACGGUCGGAUAUCGGACUUGGUUGGAAGAAAGGCAGUAUUAUUUACGAGCAUCUUAAUCUUCUCGCUGGGCUCCGCUCUUUGUGGCGCCGCUCAAAGCAUCGAAUGGCUAAUUGCAGCCAGAGCGCUCGCUGGUAUUGGCGGCGGCGGUAUUGUCAGCGCUGUCUGGGUUAUGACAGCGGAAAUUGUUCAGGAGCGGUCCCGCGCUAAAUGGUCACAAGCGCUUAGCGUCACCUGGAGCUGUUCCGCAAUCGCUGGUCCGCUGCUCGGAGGGGCAUUCAGUGGGAGCACUGGCAAUCAUGGCUUCCUUAGCUGGCGCUAUGGCUUUUACAUCAACUUGCCCAUUUGUUUCCUGGCGUCGGUCAUAAUGGCUUUGGCACUGCACAAGGUCCGAUUCACACAAACCCGCGAUGCAUCUUGGAAGCGUCUGCUGCAGAAGUUUGACUUUGGCGGACUGGUUUUGUUUAUGGGUGGAAGUGGGUGUCUGAUUAUCGGCUUUAGCUUUGUGACGGAGUUUGGAUGGACUUCACCGUUUACGUUGACCACUAUUAUCCUUGGCUUCGUCAUCCUGGUCGUGGCUGGCCUCCACGAGAAGUUUACAACUCGCGAAUGCCUCUUUCCCGCAACGAUGGUUCGUGACGCGACAGCGGCUAUCAUCCUUAUCAUCAAUUUCUUGCACAACUUUGCCUUUACAGCCGGUACAUUCUACCUCGCGCUCUUCUACCAAGCAGCACAUGGCUCCACUCCACUCGAGGCAGGUAUGAAACUGUUGCCGUACUCACUUGGUUCCUCGCUCGCAUCUAUGCCUGUCGCGUGGUUCAUCGGCUACUGGCAGUCCCUCAAGAACAACACCAGCGGCCAGAACCUCGCCAUCUCUAUCGGAUUAUUCGUAUCAACACUUGGCUUUGGUCUACUCAAUCUUAUGAACGAACGAGCGUCGACGGCUUCUCAGAUCGUCUUCCCGUUGAUUGCCGGAGUUGGAUUGGGCAUGCUAUUCCAUGCUCCGUACCAAGUUUUCACCAAGGCCCUCAAGCCCUCUGAAAUCGCGACAGGAACCAGCGCCUUCUUCCUAGUUCGCUUCACCGGAGCCACGAUUGGUCUGGCUAUCGCCGGAACGGUGUUCUAUGCGCGGUCGCGUGACCGACUUGCCGGGUUGCCAAUCGACCUUCUCGAGGGCCACGGCUCAAUCGACUAUGCGGCGGUAUUCAGCCUCGAAGAUGCCGUGCGCGACCGAGCAGUGGAUGUCUUCUCAUCUGCGAUCCAGACGGUGUGGACUCUCUCCUUGUUCCUGCGGACCAUGAAGAUCGACCAAUCAGCAUCACCGGCCCACCCCUCUUCAUCAUCAUCGACAUCAAUCUCAUCAUCUCAGCUCGCGGAUAAAUCAGAUCUAUCGCCUUCGACGGCAUCAGCAGCUGCAGAGAAGGUGUAA